AUGGCCGACAUUCACCCCAUUGAAAUCCUCAUCGAGGAGCUGCAGGACGAAGAUGUUCAGAAUCGCUUGAACUCGGUCAAGCGCCUUUCCACCAUCGCCCUGGCCCUUGGCGAGAAAGACACUCGCGAUGAGCUUCUUCCAUUCCUCCGCGACAAGCUUGAUGAUGAGGAUGAAGUGCGCUUGGCCGUGGCUCAAGAGCUCGCAAAAUUUGUGCCCCUGGUGGGCGGCGAAGCCCAUGCGCGCACCAUCUUGCCCCCCCUUGAGCAGCUGGCCAACAUCGAUGAGAUUGUUGUUCGCCAAAAAGCCGUCGAGUCAAUGAACAUCAUCUGCCUGGCCAUGCCUGACACACACAUUGUCUCCGACUUUGUGCCGUGCGUCGAUCGCCUUUCCACUGCCGAGUUUUUCUCGCCUCGCGCCUCGGCCUGCGGUCUGAUUGCCACUCCAUACAUGCGUACAUCUGAGGAUGCGCGCUCCAUCCUUCGCCAGAUUUUCUCCAACCUCUGCCGUGACGAGACUCCCAUGGUGCGCCGCGCCGCUGCGGCUGCGCUCAAGGACAUCUUGCCUCACGCCACGCCGCAAGUCACGGCCUCGGAAAUCUUCCCACUGUUUGAGAUGUUGGUCAAGGAUGAUCAAGACUCCGUCCGCCUCCUUGCCGUUUCUGCUGCCCCUGCACUCCUCACGCAACUCAACAGCAUUGGUCAAGGCGGAGUUGUCAUUGCCUCUCUCAACGCUGCCUCCAAGGACCGCAGCUGGAAAGUGCGCAAUGCUGUGGCAGAGGCCUUCCCUGAUGCCCAGGCUGCUGUCCCUAGCGAGCAGCUCAAGGCCGAGCUCGUCCCCCUUCUCAUUCGCCUUCUCAAGGACCAAGAGGCUGAGGUCCGCACUCACGCCGUCUUUCAGCUGCCCAAGGUUGGCGCGGCCCUUCCCGAGGCUGAUCGUCGCGUCCUCUUCCUGACCAACUUCACCACCCUCAUCAACGAUAUCGCGGGUGAUACCAACGAGAUGAACAACCACGUUCGUGCGGCCCUCUCUGGCGUUAUUCCCCAGCUCGCUGCCCCCUUUGGCCGCGACAAGACGAUGGAGCACCUCAUCCCCAUCAUUGCCAAGCUGCUCAAGGACCCGUUUGCUGAGGUUCGCCUCAACGUGGUUUCCAAGAUCCACAUGCUGCAAGACGUCAUCGGUGGCGAUCAAAUCGCAGUUGCUCUUGUUCCCAGCAUUGUCAGCCUUGCAGGCGAUAGCCAGUGGCGUGUGCGUCUGGCCAUUGUCGAGCAACUUCCCGUGUUUGCUGGCUGCGUCGGCGCAUCGCAAUUCGAUGCACGCCUGAUGCCCGUUGUCAUGUCUUGGUUGAGCGACAACAUCUUUGCCGUCCGCGACAGCACGAUCAAACAACUUCCCGGCUUGGUACAGAAGCUGGGCAACAGCUGGGCCAACAAGACCCUGGUCCCCCGCAUCGUCGCUCUCAGCAACGAACAGUCCUAUCUGCGCCGUCUCACCGGCCUGUUUGCUUUCAAGUCGACUGUUGCAGUCCUGGACGCAAGCACGAUCAGCAAGGACGUGUUGCCUGCCAUCCUGCGAAGGGCCACCGACCCUGUGCCCAAUAUUCGCUUCAACGUGGCCCAGGUUCUUGGCGAGAUCAAGCGCAGCUUUGACAAGAGCGCAAUCACUAGCAAGGUCAAGCCGGCUCUGGAUCAACUUGCAGCGGACUCGGAUCCUGAUGUCAAGUUUUUCGCCCAACGUGCUCAGAACUAG